CACACCAAUAAAUCCCACCAACUAAAAUCCGCGAGCCAGCUCCACCUCCUUCCGACUCAGCUUUCUGUGCCACCUGUUUCCGCCCUCUGGGGUUUUAGACAAAGCACUCUUCCCGUUUCUCGCGUCCCCAGGACACGACCACGAGCAAGCCACCCACUCCCUCUCGAUCCACGGAUUUUUUAUUUCUCGUCCACGGAUCUGCUUGCCGCGGAAGGGAAGAGGACGCUGGAGGCGUCUCGGUGCGCGGGGUUGGUGUCUCGAGCUGUUGGGGGAUUGGGGAAUGAGGAUUCGCGAGCUGGGAGACGGUGACGGGGGGCUGGUGGGGGAGCAGCGGCAGCAGGAGGGGGAGGUUGAGGUUGAGGCCAGGGGUGGCGGCGAGGUCGUGCGGCUGAAGGCGAAGCGCGCGCUCGUCGGCGCCGGCGCGAGGGUCCUGUUCUACCCGACACUGCUCUACAACGUCCUGCGCAACCGGUUCGAGGCGGAUUUCCGGUGGUGGGAUCGCGUCGACCAGUUUAUUUUGCUCGGCGCUGUUCCUUUUCCAAGUGACGUUCCACGUUUGAAGCAACUUGGAGUUCAAGGAGUUGUAACGUUGAACGAACCUUACGAGACUCUGGUUCCGACUUCUUUAUACCAGGCCCAUGGGAUUGACCACCUGGUCAUUCCAACAAGAGAUUACUUGUUUGCACCUUCGCUCGAGGAUAUUUGUCGAGCCAUAGAUUUCAUCCACUGGAAUGCAUCACAAGGUAGCACUACUUAUGUUCACUGUAAAGCUGGAAGAGGACGAAGCACCACUAUUGUUUUGUGCUAUUUGAUCAAGUAUAGGAGCAUGACCGCUGAAGCAGCUUUGGAUCAUGUCCAAUCCAUUAGGCCUAGGGUGCUUUUGGCACCAUCGCAGUGGCAUGCUGUUAAUGCAUUUAGCACUCUCACAAUUGGACUUCUUCCAAUACAAAGUACAAACCUGGGCUGUUUCCUAGAAGCCACUGAAGCUUGUGUCACUAAAACAGAAAUUUAUGAUUACCACACAAUGGAGUUUGAUUAUGAAGAUAGUGGCUUACCGCUUUGUCAAGUUAUGCUACCCAGGUCAAGCAGCCCCACCGGGUGCAUCGAUGCAGUCUUCAUAACAGAAGCAGACCUUGAGGGUUAUGAUACUUAUGUUGAUACCAGGAAGGAUGACGUGUUGUUGGAAGUAGUCACUCGCAAGCCCUUCAUGAGGAGAUUCUCCUGCCUCUUUGGAUCGCUGAAACUGAACAGCAAUUGUGAACCAGCUCCAAGCCGGUUCACUGAGGUUCGCGCCUGCUAGGUAGGCUCUUCCUACAGUUUUCCACAUUGUGAAUCUAGGUGUAUUUCUAGAUAUGCAAUUAGCCAAUUAGCAUCGUAGAAGCUGAGGAGUUUCUAUAGCCAUGGCAGUGCCAUCGGGAAGAAAGCUGUGUGCAUAGCCAUAGAUGUUGGUAGUCUGUGGAGUGUAGAGUUGUGAAUGCGUCGAUUAUCUCUGUUUUCCUCGAAAACAUGUGAUUCAAUUGCAUCAUUGUUUCCUUGGAAUAAAAGGCUAUUCUAGCCGACGAGGGCGCAAUGACCUCGUUUUUCGAUUAA